AAAGAGUAGAGAGGAAGGGUGUUGUGUGUAUAGAUGCACACUUGCUGUAAAGGGACGUCAUAGCCGAUCACACAGACGAACAGGGCUAACGUUACCGAAACAUGGCGAUUAAAUAGUUUAUGGACUAUAUGUCGGGAAAUUACUUGGAUGUUAUCAACUAUACUCUUAACUAAAGUAUAUAUUUAGAAGUACGUAACCAGCUCAAAUUCGUACAAUUGGAUCCGUACAGAAACUCCAUUUUUCACCGUCGGUACAUUCAGUGUAAGGCGCGAUCUGUGUCAACGCGAAAGGAGUGAAAGUUUGUGUUCAGAUAUCGAAUGUCGGACAUUCGACGUAGCUAGCUGGCUACAUAUGAUCUACUGACCGCGCCAUUUGCUUGCAACGUCAUUUGUGGAACAUUAAGUCUCUGCAGGACGCGAAUUACGGCCAGCUGGAAUGCAAGCUUAUUCAAAAUAAAUGUUAUUUUUGAUUUGUGCGUGGGCAGCCAGCUAGAUAACGUUAACAGCUCUGCUGCAGACCACCUUCGUAUUAUUGCGCUGUUAUUAUUUAGCCAACAGCUAGCUACCUAGCCAGGUAACUUAGCUAGCUACUUAUUCUAACUUUUGUUUAAUCUCACAAACAUAAUUGUAUUGUGUAGUUAAACAUUCAAAGUAUAUGUAGAUGACCACCUCGUUCGAAUUGUCAUGCAACAUAUACGUAUUAAUAUUGCCAUAAUGAACGCAUAGAGUGCAGCACAAUAUUGGAUCUCUAACGCAAUGGGACUAGCUUGCUAGCUAACUGCAUUUCGCCUUGCCGAUUUUGCGUCUGGUUGUUUAUGUUAGCAAGUCAAGUCUCAUAAGGUACCCCCAUAUCUGUCUGCGCGGGACCUGACAGUGCAGGACACCGCUAAAUUAAACAUUGGGCCACCUGGAUUUUCUACCUGCUGCUACUUUUUAAAACUAAUUUACUACUUUUGCCAGUAUGUCCGAAAACGCCCCCACACGAAGCUUGGAUGACAUCGACCUCGCAGCUUUGAGGGACCCAGCAGGGAUCUUUGAGCUGGUGGAGGUGGUUGGCAAUGGGACCUAUGGACAGGUGUACAAGGGGCGUCAUGUUAAGACGGGCCAGCUGGCUGCCAUCAAGGUAAUGGAUGUGACAGAGGAAGAAGAGGAAGAGAUCAAAGCUGAGAUCAACAUGCUGAAGAAGUACAGCCAUCACCGCAAUAUUGCCACCUACUACGGAGCUUUCGUCAAGAAGAGCCCACCUGGACAUGAUGACCAUCUCUGGCUAGUGAUGGAGUUCUGUGGGGCGGGCUCCGUGACAGACCUAGUGAAGAACACCAAGGGUAACUCUCUGAAGGAGGACUGGAUCGCGUACAUCUGCAGAGAAAUCCUCAGGGGCCUCUCGCACCUCCACCAACACAAGGUCAUCCACAGAGACAUCAAGGGACAGAACGUGCUGCUGACGGAGAACGCAGAGGUCAAACUCGUGGACUUUGGGGUGAGUGCUCAGCUGGACAGGACUGUGGGGCGCAGGAACACCUUCAUCGGUACACCUUAUUGGAUGGCCCCUGAGGUCAUCGCCUGUGACGAGAACCCUGACUCCACCUAUGACUACAGGAGUGAUAUCUGGUCCCUGGGGAUCACAGCCAUAGAGACGGCAGAGGGAGCUCCUCCUCUGUGUGAUAUGCACCCAAUGAGAGCUCUGUUCCUCAUCCCGAGGAACCCCCCUCCCAAACUCAAGUCCAAGAAGUGGUCUAAGAAGUUUAUAGAUUUUAUUGAGGGCUGCCUGGUGAAGACGUACACCAGCCGGCCAUCCACAGAGCAGCUCCUGAAGCACUCGUUCAUCCGGGAUCAGCCCACAGAGCGCCAAGUCCGCAUCCAGCUCAAAGACCACAUUGACCGCACACGCAAGAAGAGGGGAGAGAAGGAGGAGACAGAGUAUGAGUACAGUGGCAGUGAUGAGGAGGAUGAGAACCGUGGGGAAGACGGAGAGUCCAGUACCUCCAUCCUGAAUGUGCCUGGUGAGUCGACGUUGAGGCGGGACUUCCUGCGUCUGCAGCAGGAGAACAAGGAGCGAUCAGAGGCUCUGAAGAGACAGCAGGCCCAGCUGGCCGCCCAGCGCCGAGACCCAGAGGAACACAAGAGACAGCUGCUGCACGACCGACAGAAACGCAUCGAGGAGCAGAAAGAACAGCGCCGCCGCCUGGAAGAGCAACAGAGAAAAGAGCGAGAGAUGGUGAGACAGCAAGAAAAGGGCCCCCAUCGGAGACUUGACGAUAUCAGGAGGGAGGAGGAUAGGAGGCUGGCCGAGAGGGAGCAGGAGUUCAUAAGACAUAAGUUAGAGGAGGAACAGCGGCAGUUAGAAAUCCUUCAGCAGCAGCUGCUUCAGGAGCAGGCACUGCUCAUGGAGUACAAGCGUAAGCAGCUGGAGGAGCAGAGGCAGUCUGAGCGUCUGCAGAGGCAGCUGCAGCAGGAGCAUGCCUACCUGGUGUCCCUGCAGCAGCAGCAACAGGACAAGAAGCCCCAGCCCCUCUACCACUACAGCAAGAACGUGGAGCCCAACAAUAAGCCUGCAUGGGCCCGAGAGGUGGAGGAGCGCAGUAAGCUCAACAGGCAGGGCUCCCCCAAAAUCUGCAACACUGUCUCUGACACUGCCAUCCAAUCCCGCUCUGACUCCAUCAGCCAAUCCGGAGGGGGCCAGGCUUCUCAGACCCCGCCUAUGCAGCGGCCUGUUGAGCCUCAGGGGGGACAGGGCAAGUUCCAGAUGGCCCACUUGGUCCCGCUGAAGCCCUACGCUGCCCCUGUCCCCCGCUCCCAGUCCCUGUGUGACCAGCCCACUAAGACCAUGUCCGCCUUCCCCACCCAGGAUCCCUCCCCCACCCCCCGCCCCGUCCACUCCAGGGAGCUGGUCCGACAGAACUCGGAUCCCACCUCCGAGAGCCCCGCCCCACAGCCUCGCAAAAGGGAGGACCGCGGCCCCUGGAUCCGCCUGCCAGAGAUCGAACAGCCGCCCAAGAUUCCCCAGAGGACCGCCUCCAUUGCCACAGCACUCAACACCAACCUAUCGUCUGGCAUCAGGCAUCCAGUCAGAGCCAGCAACCCAGACCUCAGCCGCAAUGACCGCUGGGAGAGAGGAGAUGGCAUGAACCUCGUAUCCAAUCUACCCCAGACUGGCUCUCUGGAGAGGCACCGGAUACUCAGCUCCUCCAAAAUAGACUCCCCCAUACUAGGCCAUGACGGGCGCAUGGCGGGGCACAAGCCAGGGGAGUCUCGCACGUCGUCCCGCCCCAGUCGCCCUGCUAGUUACAAGAGAGCUAUAGGAGAGGACCAUGGGCUGUAUGCUAAGGAGCGUCCUGAGGAGCAGCCCAGACCUCCGGUGAAGGCCAAUGACUACUCCUCAUCCUCAGAAGGCAGUGAGAGCAGUGAGGAGAGUGAGAGUGGAGAGGGGAAUGAGGAGGAGGACAGCCCUACAGACCGUCCCCGGGAUGCCGACACUGACUCGGUCAACACCAUGGUGGUUCAUGAGGAGGAGGAGGGCGAGGAAGGGGAGGAGGGGCAGGCUGGAGUCUACAGGGACCAGACCAUGCUGGUGCAGAGGACACCAGAGAAGCGAAGCCACAAUGGAUACACCAACCUGCCUGAUGUGGUGCAGCCCUCCCACUCCCCCACUGACUCCGCCUCCCACUCCUCCCCUGGGAAAGACUCUGUCUAUGAUUAUCAGUCCAGAGGUCUAGUCAAGGCGUCAAGUGGCAAGUCCUCCUUCACCACCUUUGUUGACCUGGGCAUGUACCAACCACCAGGUGACACUGCGGAUGCCAUCUCUGUGGGCAGCCUGGGCUCCAGGUUUGAGCAGCUGAAGAUGGAGGUGAGGAAAGGCUCCAUGGUGAACGUGAACCCCACCAACACACGCCCCCACAGCGACACCCCCGAGAUUCGCAAGUACAAGAAGAGGUUCAACUCUGAGAUCCUCUGUGCUGCUCUCUGGGGUGUGAACCUGCUGGUGGGGACGGAGAACGGUCUGAAGCUGCUGGACCGUAGUGGUCAGGGGAAGGUCUACCCCCUCAUCAAUUCCCGCAGGUUUCAACAAAUGGAUGUCUUGGAGGGACUGAACCUGCUCAUCACCAUAUCAGGUAAGAAGAACAAGGUGCGUGUGUACUACCUGGCCUGGCUGAGGAACAAGAUCCUCCACAAUGACCCGGAGGUGGAGAAGAAGCAGGGCUGGACCACUGUAGGGGAGAUGGAGGGAUGUGUCCACUACAAAGUGGUGAAAUAUGAGAGGAUCAAGUUCUUGGUGAUAGCUAUGAAGAAUGCGGUGGAGGUAUAUGCCUGGGCUCCCAAGCCUUAUCACAAAUUCAUGGCCUUCAAGUCCUUUGGUGACCUGCCCCACAGGCCCCAGUUGGUAGACCUCACAGUGGAGGAAGGUCAGAGGUUGAAAGUCAUCUAUGGCUCCAUUGCUGGCUUCCACGCCAUCGACGUUGACUCUGGGAACAACUAUGACAUCUACAUCCCAGUGCAUAUCCAGUGCCAGAUCAUGCCCCAUGCCAUUGUGUUCCUGCCCAGCUCGGACGGCAUGGAGAUGCUGCUGUGCUACGAGGACGAGGGCGUCUAUGUAAACACCUACGGACGCAUCAUCAAAGAUGUGGUGCUUCAGUGGGGCGAGAUGCCCACCUCCGUUGCCCAUAUCUGCUCUAACCAGAUCAUGGGCUGGGGAGAAAAGGCCAUAGAGAUCCGUGCUGUAGAGACGGGCCACUUGGACGGAGUCUUCAUGCACAAGAGAGCCCAGAGGCUCAAGUUCCUCUGUGAGAGGAAUGACAAGGUGUUCUUUGCUUCGGUGCGCUCCGGGGGCAGCAGCCAGGUCUACUUCAUGACCCUGAACAGGAACUGCAUCAUGAACUGGUGAAACAACAUUGUCCCAUACAACUAUGUCCCGUAGUCAGUCAGUGUAUGGAAACCACCAGGCCAAGCGAAAGACACUCAACCCCCCCCCCACCCACCCAUACGAGGACACACCACACAGUCAGACUCAACACAAACACAUCACACACAUACAGCUCACACAAGCCUACUGUAAAUCCAUUCCAGCCUAAAGUCUUCAUGACAAAGCCUCUCACCUGCCACCUACUGACUCCCCUAAACGGAUUGAGCUCCCUCUGAAAUGGUAGCUAACUAUGAGACAUCACCACAGGAUUCUCAUGUAAUAUCAUCUCUACUCUACUGUGUAUAUAUACCUGUCCUGUAUUAUUGUACCUCAGUCACUUGGUGGACCUGUGUUUAGUCGUAACUACUGUAGUUAGUUCCUUCUUACGUUAAAAACAUUCCUUACUGGUGAAAUACAUUUGGAAGAAGGCAAGAUUGUACCAAUAUAAGUCAAGAUUGAAUUGUAAAUAGCCAGUAUCUAACAUGUUCACAUGGAAGAGAACAUGGGUAGAUUGAAGUCACUGGCAGACCUGUAUAUUACACCUCCAUUUGGGGCGUUACCAUGGACCUGAUAUAUACUGUACUGGCACACCCUAGAGGUUUGAAGUAUUGUUGCAACACUUCACCAUAGAAGCUCACUCACUAUGCUAAGCUUCUGAUUCCCUAUGGCAUCAUUAUUCAACUCAUUGUUUAAAAAUAAGAAGUGUCGUUUGAUUAAAACUUGAUUUAAUGUUUGUUAUUUUGAUGUUUUUUGGGAUGAAGGUUUAAAAAACCUCCUAGGAAGAUGGACUAUCUAUGAUGUGAACAUACUAUUGUUCUAUUCCUUCGUAAAUCCUGAGAAGUUAAAGAGAACACACUGCUGUGCUCUAGCUAUACACCUUCUAUUCCUUUAUUAUACCCUUGCUACAUCUCGGGGAUGGGACUUCCUCACCGUUUAGGAGGCUUUCUAACUGGCUUUAAAUAUUUCUACCUUUGUUUCUUGUCAAUAUCGCUAAUAUCGCUACAAAGAUUUGAUAUCUGUACGGUUUCUGUAUUUGGUAUUAGCCUAACUGGUAUUCUUACUUUUAUCUCUACUGUUAUAUUGCCGUUAUAUUGCAAUAUAUAUGCUGUUCUAGUGCAGUUCUUGUUCGGAGAAGGGAGUUCAGUUAAUUUGUUGUGUGUAAAAUAUACCAGUGGAAGGGAGUGAGGUGACUUGUUAAGAUGUGGGGGUCGAGGGGUGAUGAAGUAUGAAGGCUUUGAAGUCACAGUAAUAAAGAGGACAUUGAGGAUUUGGAAGAGAGAGAGUUGUAGUUGUAAGAAUAUUAUAAUGGAAGUCAGGUUUUCUUCAUCUUGCGGAUGUUAUCCAGUUGAAUAUAGUUCCCUUUUCUCUUACUAGAUCUACUCUGUCCGCAACCUACGUUUUUAAUGUAUUUUAUGUUCAUUGGUAUGGAUUUGGGUAUGUGUUUUUGUAUGCAAAGGUGUGUGUGUGUGUGUGUGUGUGUGUGUGUGUGAGCGUUUGUAGGGAUGGGGCUGCAGUGGAUAAUACUGAACUAGUAUUGUGGUUUCAAGCAAUAGCUGUGUGGUUCUUGAGCCAGUAUUGAACUUCACUGAGUGAUGCUUUAGCAGUCCCAGUUUUGUGGCAUCUUUGGCUCUGCAAUACUGUACUAGAGGACUCAAACUCAUUAGGGACUUUUAUGUAUCAUACUAAACUGGUAGUAAGACAAAAAUAAGGCAACAAGUUGUUGAAUCUAUUGGUAUUGUUGUUUUCCCUACUAAAAUUCACAAUACUUCUCUGAACAUACUAUGAAUCUACUUUGAUUCUUUAAGAGAUCAGGGGAAAUGCUUAAGCUGUGGGUAUUUUAUGUACUUUACUCUAAAUGGAUUCUAUAUAUUAUAAAUAUAUUUAGUAUAGAAGCAAAUAUUAUUAACACCUACUCAUUCAAGGGUUUUUCUUUAUUUUUACUAUUUUUUACAUUGUAGAAUAGUAGUGAAGACAAACUAUUAAAUAAUACAUAUGGAAUCAUGUAGUAACCAAAAUCGUGUUUUAAAAAAUCCAAAUAUAUUUGUAGCCACCCUUUGCAUUGAUGACAGCUUUGCGCACCCUUGUCCAGCUUUACCUAAAAUGUUUUUCCAACAGUCUUGAAGGAGUUCCCACAUAUGCUGAGCACUUGUUGGCUGCAUUUCCUUCACUCUGUGGUCCAACUCAUCCCAAACCAUCUCGAAUGGGUGGAGGUUGGAUGCUGCAGAAUGCUGUGGUAGCCAUGAUGGUUAAGUGUGCCUUGAAUUCUAAAUAAAUCACAGACCGUGUCACCAGCAAAGCACCAUCACACCACCACCUCCAUGCUUCACGGUGGGAACCACACAUGGGGUGAUCAUCUGUUCACCUACUCUGCGUCUCACAGCGACACAGCGGUUGGAACCAAAGAAUCUCAAAUUUGGACUCAUCGGACCAAAGGACAGAUUUCCACCGGUCUAAUGUCCAUUGCUCAUGUUUCUUGGCCCACGCAAGUUUCUUCUUCUUAUUGGUGUCCUUUAGUAGUGGUUUCUUUGCAGCAAUUCGAACAUGAACACCUGAUUUCACGCAGUCUUCUCUGAAUAGUUGAUGUGUUUGUUACUUGAACUCUGUAAAGCAUUCAUUUGGGCUGCAAUUUCUGAUGUGCAGUCAACUCUAAUGAACUCAUCUUCUGCAGCAGAGGUAACUCUGGGUCUUCCUUUCCUGUGGCGGUCCUCAUGAGAGCCAGUUUCAUCAUACCGCUUGAUGGUUUUUGCGACUGCACUUGAAGAAACUUUGAGAGUUCUUGAAUUUUUCCAAAUUGACUGACCUUCAUAUCUUAAAGUAAUGAUGGACUGUCAUUUCUCUUUGCUUAUUUGAGCUGUUCUUGCCAUAAUAUGGACUUGGUAUUUUACCAAAUAGGGCUAUCUUCUGUACACCAACCCUACCUUGUCACGACACAACUGAUUGGCUCAAUUGCAUUAAGGAAAGAAAUUACACAAAUGAACUUUUAAAAAGGCACACCUUUUAAUUUAAAUGCAUCCAGGUGAAGCUGGUUGAGAGAAUGCCAAGUAUGCAACACUGUCAUCAUGGCAAAGGGUGGCUACUUUCAAGAAGCUUACAUCUAAAAUAUAUUUUAAUUACACACUUUUUUUGGUUACUAAACUCAGCAAAAAAAGAAACGUCCUCUCACUGUCAACUGCAUUUAUUUUCAGCAAACUUAACAUGUGUAAAUAUUUGUAUGAACAUAACGAGAUUCAACAACUGAGACAUAAACUGAACAAGUUCCACAGACGUGACGAAUAAAGGGGGGGGGACAAAAUCAAAAGUAACAGUCAGUAUCUAGUGUGGCCACCAGCUGCAUUAAGUACUGCAGUGCAUGUCCUCCUCAUGGACUGCACCAGAUUUGCCAGUUCUUGCUAUGAGAUGUUACCCCACCGGGAACCUGCAAGUUCCGGAACAUUUCUGGGGGGAAUGGCCCUCGCCCUCACCCGCCGAUCCAACAGGUCCCAGACGUGCUCAAUGGGAUUGAGAUCCGGGCUCUUCGCUGGCUAUGGCAGAACACUGACAUUCAUGUCUUGCAGGAAUUCACGCACAGAAAUAGCAGUAUGGCUGGUGGCAUUGUCAUGCUGGAGGGUCAUGUCAGGAUGAGCCUGCAGGAAGGAUACCACAUGAAGGAAGAAGAUGUCUUCCCUGUAAUGCACAGCGUUGAGAUUGCCUACAAUGACAACGAGCUCGGUCCGAUGAUGCUUUGACACACCGCCCCAGACCAUGAUGGACCCUCCACCUCCAAAUCUAUCCUGCUCCAGAGUGCAAGCCUCAGUGUAAUGCUCAUUCCUUUGACAAUAAACGCGAAUUCGACCUUCACCCCUGGUGAGACAUAACCGUGACUCGUUUGUGAAGAGCACUUUUUGCCAGUCUUGUCUGGUCCAGCGACUGUGGGUUUUUGCCCAUAGGCGACUUUGUUUCUGGUGAGGACCUGCCUUACAACAAGCCGACAAGCCCUCAGUCCAGCCUCUCUCAGCCUAUUGCGGACAGUCUGAGCACUCUGUAACUGAUGCCAUCCUGUACCUGUACCUGUGAUGCCAUCCUGUACCUGUCCCACAGGUGUGAUGUUCGGUUGUGCCGAUUCUGUGCAGGUGUUGUUACACGUGGUCUGGCACUGUGAGGACGAUCAGCUGUCCGUCCUGUCUCCCUGUAGCGCUGUCUUCGGCAUCACACAGUAUGGACAUUGCAAUUUAUUGCCCUGGCCACAUCUGCAGUCCUCAUGCAUCCUUGCAGCAUGCCUAAGGCACGUUCACGUGGAUGAGCAGGGACCCUGGCCAUCUUUCUUAUUUUUUUUUUUAAUCAGUAGAAAGGCCUCUUUAGUGUCCUGAGUUUUCAUAACUGUGACCUUAAGCUGUUAGUGUCUUAACGACAGUUCCACAGGUGCCUGUUCAUUAAUUGUUUAUGGUUCAUUGAACAAGCAUGGUAAACAGUGUUUAAACACUACAAUGAAGAUCUGUGAAGUUAUUUAGAUUUUUAUGAAUUAUCUUUGAAAGACAGGGUCCUGAAAAGAGGACUUUAAUUUUUUUGCUGAGUUUAUAUGAUUCCAUAUGUGUUAUUUCAUCGUUAUGUCUUCACUAUUAUUCUACAAUGUAGAAAAUAGUAAAAAUAAAAACCCUUGAAUGAGUAGGUGUGUCCAAACUUUUGACUGGUACUGUAUAUUAAAAUGGAGAGUACGGAACAGAAUCGAUUGUAAAGGGAUGAAAGCACUUCGUACAGUUAAAAUGUCUAUAUUUUACUCUGAGCAUGCUUGCAUGCACAUAUAUGAGCAAUUCCUCCCGUAUCACAAUUCAGUAUCAAUUCUUAGAUUAGUUUCCCCCUAGCCUACUUUAUUGAAUAUCAUCUGUGUGACAUUGUGACUGAUAUCUCACGUUUUUACACACUCCACAAGUAGCUCAGUCAUGUAAAUGGCCCUCCUAUCUUAGUAAGCCAAACUGCCAUGUUUACAGUUUAAGCAGUGCCUUGGAGUAGGGAAGAGACUGGGUGAUGAGGGUUAAAGGGGGGUAGUGAAUAUGACCCUCCACUCGCUCUUAUAACUGAACUCCAGGAAGAAGAGGUUAUACUGAAGGACAGUUUACAAUAAUAAAUAGUUGCCUCCUUUGUUACUGGUGUCCUGUGCCAAUGAAGUGCACUUACAUAGAAACCAGAACAUCCCUAUAUGACUCAACUACUUUUACAUUUGUAACAUUGUCAACGACUAUAGAUUUGAUUCUGUAAUAAUCUCAAUGUUUGCCUACUGCUUUUUAAAUGUAAAAGACUCUCAGCAGUUACAGUGACUGUAGAUCUGUUGCCAUCAUGUGGAAGAGUUAGUGUAGAGGAAAUAUUACACAUGUAGUCUGUAGGCAUUUUCUAUAGAAUUUUAAUCAACAUUUCAGUUAAGUAUUAAAUGCAUACAAUAUCCUUGUAUGGCCCAUUCAUGUAACUACAAUAUUGGCACAGGACAAAUGUGCAGUUCAUGGCAGCAAACCUACCCAAUUCGGAAUUUUGAAAAUGAUUAUAUGCCUAUAAAGAUACAUUUUGUCAGAGGUAGAUGUGAUAGUCCUCUAGACAGUGGGAGGGGGGGCCAAUAUACCAUAUUAAAAGCCAUAGGAGUAUUCCACAUUUGUUGAGAAUAAUUUGAUAGUAUUUUGUAUGUUCAAAUGAAAUUUAAGCCAGUGACCUGGGAUGUGAUGUUCGAUGCAGGUUUUUCUUGAGUGAUCAGAUAUGUGGACUGGGUGAGAUGCAGUGGGAAAUUAACUAACUUAAUAUAUUCUGAAAGGACUAUUUUAUUAAAGCAUAUGUAAAUUAUAUUGAGAGAUUUAACUAAAUGAAUGUACAUUAUAAAACAGAUUUGUAUAACAUACUUUACGGUCUGGUAUAUGAAUUAAUCUAAGCACAAGGUAUUCUAAUUUACGGCACAGAGAGCAAAGCUAUAAAUGUGGGUGUCUACAUAAGUGUUUGGACUGUCUUUGUGGGUGUGACGCAUGAGCGUGAUGGUGGGGCUGUAUGUAUUUCCAGUGGAAGUGCAGAUUCCUCUUGAUACUGCCUAACUAGUAGUCAUACUGUUGGUUGAGAGGAAGGGAGGGACCAGUCUGAUAUUGAGGACAUGUAUUGUCAUUGUGAGAUUGGGGAAUAGUCAACUGAGACAGAAAGGUUGGUGAAUGGAGAGGGUCAACAGUUGUCAUUAACUUUUUAUUGUCCAAUCUAAAUUCAUUAUCAGUUAAGUGUAGUGUUACGACGAAGUUCUAACAGUAAAACGGCUUGUUUAAUGUUUCAGCCCCACAGAACAUUGGUAUAUCACAAAGGCUGUCCUUGCCAUAUCAAAUGUUGUGACGUUUCUCCUUCAUAAGCAAUAUGAGCAUUCAGAACAGUUGAAGUUCAAUUCUCUGCUGUCUGUCUGUGAGACUUGUGGGAGGGUGUUUGUCGUGGCCUUUAGCAGACUGAAUCUAAGCUGGACUGUUUGUCCUUGUCUCGUUAGUGAAGGAGAUACCCGUAUGUUGUUUAAUAAAAAAAUGUGGGGUCUUAAUCACAAGAAAAUAUACCUUCUAAUCCACAGUCUGCAUAAUACUCAUACAUCACUUUAACAGUUAUGAUGCUUGUCUAGUUUUGCAUUCAUUCCUUUAAUCCAGUUAUUGCCUUUUGAUGAACUAUAAGGUGGAUCAUAAGGCUGUGUUUACAUAGGCAGCUCAAUUCAGCUCUUUUGUCAAUUUCCCUUCGCUAAGUCCCGCCCCAGAAUUUUGGGCAAGCAAUCGGAGCCAUGGAUAGCAACUGUCGUCGAGGCCUAGCCAGUGUUGCCAAUUUAGUGACUUUGUCGCUAUGUGUAGCGAUUUAUUUUUGUAUGAAAAAUGCAGCCUGAAAGGGUCCCUUCAGUGACUUAUUGUGAAGAGGCUAGCGACAAAUUCAGUUACUUUUAAUUUCAGGCUGCGUUUGGUGUUUUGCCACCGAGUUUCCGAGCUAAUUUCCCGAGUAAAUUCUGAGUUGGAGAAUACAGGCAGAGAAGCACAAUGGGAGGGCCCGUGUGCCGUGGGUUAAAACUACAUUGGGGGCCGCAGCUAGGCAAAUUUGUGCUGUGACGUCGAAGCGGCACAUUAAUGCCAGUGAGGGGAGUGGAGGAAAAACGUAGUUUCCUGAAAUGCAGAGCCUGUUGGGGCAUUAAUCUGAAAUUAUACGUUUGUUAGAUCAACUGGUGGGCUAGCCAAGGUUAGCUCUGUCGCACUAGGCCGUUUUAAACUGCAAUGUUCUUAGCCUUGGGCUAAAAUCUUCCUUAGCCCUGGGCUAAGGAGCGGUGUGAACGCAUCUAUUGACAACCUAACGUAAUAUAACUUGUUCUCUCAAUGUAAGUGAGCGAGCGAAAUUAUCCAUGCUAUUAAUACAACUCCCAUCUGCUGUUGACAUCAGGAUAUGAUUUGAGAGCACUAACAAGUUAACUCCAAAAGUGGUUAGUAGCUUUGACUGCAUGCUGACAGUGAAUUCAGAGAGCCAUUCAGUGGCUAACCACACUAGCUACAAACCAGUGGAAGCUGCUGAGGGGAAGACUGCUCAUAAUAAUGGCUGGAACGGAUUUUUUUUUUUACCAGGUUCCCGUAAAGCAAUUAUAAUGACAGUCCACCACAACAUACCCAAGAGAUUCCUGAUUAGCCAGGGGUAGUCUGUUUUAAUUUAAUUGUUGUGUAUUAAAACAGUUUGACAUCAUUGCGAGGGGAUUUCACCAGUGGUUGACAAGGGAAUUGGGCUUCCAGGGAAAAUGUUGUCAGAGGUUGUAACACUAACCAAGGGGGGCAGAGCUUAACGUAGGGAAUUUAUUUAUAUAUCUGACACCCAUCUGAUAUUUUCCCCAAUGUGUAAACAACAAAAACACAUUUGAAUCUGAUCUUUUGAUUCCGAUUUAUACCACAUCCACAAGUGGAUCUCUAUCAUGAUAUAAUUCUGAUGUUCCGUAUGUGACCUGUUUGGAUGAUUAGAUUUUUUUUUUUUUUGCACAUUUACCUGCCAUUACCAUGACAACCACAGCUACAUUUAAAGGAACAGUGACAGAAAUAAUCAUUGCAUCUGUGUGUUACAUCAGUGGAAAAAGGCUAUACAGACACUCCUGACCUGCAAAACAAUAUUUAAUUUAAACAUUUGUUAAAAUUAGGUAAGGGUCAGUUAGAUUUUGGCUUCUACGCUGUUUGUUGUUUUAGGCUAGGUUUCUGUAUAGCACUUUGACAUCUUUUGAUGUAAAAAGGGCUUUAUAAAUACAUUUGAUUGAUUACAGGUCAGGAAUAUCCUUAUAGCCUCUCCCACAUCUGUGUGAAUGCAAAAAUCUGAUAUGUGCACAUGUAAAACAGUGUGGACAGUCAGAAGAAAAAAUGCAGAAUUGUGUUCUUAGGGUGGCUGUGUAAACACAGCUCAAUGAAGGAUAAUACACUGUUCUCAUUUGGGUGGGUUUUCUGCUUCUGUGUAGUAAGUGUUUUAGGCAUACUGUCUCUGAGCCUCUGCCUGUUGCUAUGGAGGCAAUGACCUGCUUCACCCAAUGUAGUCACACUUUAAUCAAGACACUAUUCACAGAUAUUAUAUAGUCAGACUGUACAAAAUAUUGGAUCUCCUUGUAGAAUAACAUUUAAAGUAUGAAUGGAGUUGUGAUUUUUAAGAUGCUUGUUGUUGGAAAUAGGACCGGUGAAGGUCGGAAAGCUGAUAUCUUUGGACGGGUCUAUAAUCUCUUAUCCUUUUUCAGUUAAGAAAUUAAAUGUCUUUACAAUGUUUAGUGUUUCUGUUUUUGAGGGGUUAACUCCAGAUUGUAUUUCAUAGACUGAUGAACUUUCAAGAUUAUGUUGAAUGGACUCAUGAGUCUGUAAAAGUCUUAAUUCAGAGUUGUUUGAAAAAUAAAACUACAUUGAUCUAAUCUUAAAA